CAACACCAAGGAUAUUUUAUUUUGUAUUUCAUAUAUUUAUCUCGGAUGAGUUUAAACAUCCAUUUUGAAAAGUGAUCGGGGUACCAAAUCAUAUAUUGUUGGGGAAUUCAAACCGCGUUGAAUCAGUUCGGUUUUGAGAUUUUGAAACUUCAACGUAAUCAAUGUGUAGGCCUAGUGUUUGUGAUUAAACAUGGCGUGGAUUGUGUCAUAUUUUCAUAUAUUUUCACGUGUUUAUGUGUUUUGUAUUUUGAUAUCAUCAACGAGUUCACAAUGUCUGUCGACUAGAGGUUGUUAUCCUGGUACCGUCGAAUUCCUGAAAGAGGUAGCGAAUCUAAAAAUUACUUUGGAUGUGAAUUCGAAUUGUGUUGUCGGGGAUUCGUAUGAAGGUCUCGGUGUAACAGAUAAUAAUACACAAUUUGCUUGUUCUGUGGAUGCUGACAAGGCCAAGAUGAGAGACAAAGAGACGACUAUUAUUCCUGGUACCGGUACUAGCCCUGAUCUGACAAUUACCAAUCCAAAUUAUCAAACGUACUGGCAGUCGGACAAGACUGUAUCUGCUAAUUUAGCGACUGCCACCACUGUGCAGAUAACGGCGAAACUGGGCAAUAGAUUUACUAUUAAACACACCCGGUUGUAUUUUAAAUCUAUUGGCGCACCUUUUAACAUAAAGGUUGAUUCUCGACCCAAGGCCAUGUUUAUAGAGAGACUGGACAAUGACAACGUUACGUGGAAACCAUGGAGAUAUUAUGCCGACAACUGUGCGGAUUUUCCUGAUGUAAUAGUACAACCAAAGAAUGGCCCUAGCAGGAAUGCCACCACACCAUUCUGCACCGAAGACAAAGAGAUAUUUGGUGGAUUUGCUUCUGGAGGUCAUAAUGAUACCUAUUUUGUGGCAUUUAACCCAGCAGCGGAUUACGGGGAAGAAUUUACUGAUAAUAAAGCUGUUGUUGAUUAUUAUAUUACGAGUGGAGUGAGAAUAAACCUGGUUAUACCACGAUAUGAGACACCACUACAGUCUUACUACGCCGUGUCGGAUUUUCAAAUAGACGGCCAUUGUUAUUGUUACGGACAUGGUUCAAAGUGCACAGGUGGCAAUUUGGCUGAAUGUGAAUGCGGACAUAAUACAAUGGGGACACACUGUGAGACUUGUCUACCUCUAUACAACAAUAGAACAUGGCAGAUAGGCAAACAUGACAAAGCUAAUGAAUGUCAGAAGUGUGCAUGUAAUGAGCACGCUACAAGCUGUAGAUAUGAUGAUACAUUAGGCUAUGGUGUAUGUGAGGGAUGUGCUCAUAAUACCAGGGGGGAAUUCUGUGAUCAGUGCAAUCCAGGUUAUACUAUGAAUCCCUAUUUCUCUCGGGAUACCACCAACGAAACGACACCAUUACCAAAACCCAUCGGAACGUGUGAAGCUCUGGUGGGAACGACGUUAACAAAAUAA